AUGGCGUUAAAACAGUUUCUGUCAGCUAAACCCCAUAUCGCUGCAAGUCCUCGCCAAUUAGAGCUUGCUAAUUACUUUAAAAACCAAUGGGAAUCUUACGGACUUGAUAAAGUUGAACUUGUCAAAUACAAAGUUCUUCUUUCAAGGCCUCGAACGGAUGUAUUAACCAAAGUUGGAUUGAAAGAUAGCUCCAAUAUAUUCCAAUAUCAAGCUACGAUCAAAGAGAAAGUUCUGCAUCCAGAUGAAAACGAUCCAAAUAUCGUUUUACCAUUUAACGCUUAUGCUAAAGAAGCAACCGUUGAUGGAGAAUUGAUCUACGUCAACUAUGCCCGCCAAGAAGAUUUUGUUAAACUAGAAAAUGAUUUUAAAUUGACAUGUAAAAACAGAAUUGCUAUCGCCCGUUACGGCAAGAUCUUCAGAGGAGAUAAGGCUAGGAUUGCGGAAAGAUUCAACUGCAAAGGAUUGAUUUUAUACUCUGAUCCCGCUGAUUAUGCCCCACCUGGUUAUAAGAAAUAUCCUGAUGGAUGGUUUCUACCAGAAACUGGCGUACAACGAGGCACUUUGUUCUUGGGUGAUGGUGAUCCACAGACACCUGGCUAUCCUUCUAUUGAUAGUGCAUACCGAUAUCCUAUUGAAAAUCUUACCAACGUUCUACCAAAUAUCCCUGUCCAACCAUUGAGUGCCUCCGAUGCCGCACCUUUGUUACAAGCUAUGAGUGGAAAUGAAGUUCCAGCGGAAUGGAGAGGACAACUCGCCAAUACCACGUACAAAUUUGGAGGAGCAUUUACUGGUUCUAGAUCUGGAUGGAAAGCGCAUUUAGAGGUUCACAACAAAAUUGAAGCCUUGGAUGCUUACAAUGUUAUUGGUACUAUCAACGGAAGAUUCGAUCCUGAUCACUAUGUACUUGUUGGUAACCACCGUGAUAGCUGGAUAUUUGGUGCUGUUGACGCUUCAAGUGGUGGCUCAAACAUGCUAGAAAUUUCACGUGCUAUCACCACCGUCAUGCAGAAGACAGGAUGGCGCCCUAGAAGGACAAUGAAAUUCUGCAGCUGGGGUGCUGAGGAAUACGGUUUGAUUGGUUCUACGGAAUGGGUCGAGGAGAAUGAAAAACUAUUGGUACGAAAUGCUGUAUCGUACGCCAACACUGACAUAGCUGCUCAAGGUAAUUUCACUUUGUAUGCCGCAGCAAGUCCAAUUAUGAAACAAGUUCUUUAUGAUGCUGCUAAAAUGACUCCUGAUCCAGAUGAUCCAACUAAAUCUUUGUAUGAUACAUGGUUGCAACGUAAACCUUCAGCUGAUAAAUCACAACCAUACGUUGGAAGCUUGGGAGCUGGAAGUGAUUAUGCACCAUUUAUGCAACGAAUCGGAGUGUCAUCUGUAGAUUUUAGCUACGACUUCGAUAGCGGUUACUACCCAGUUUCUUCCUAUCCAGCCUAUCAUACUAUUUAUGAUACUUACGAUUACCUAAAGAAGACUAUCGAUCCUGACUUUAAAUACCAUUUAGCUGGAGCCCGAGUUUGUUGCAAUUUGGCUUUAGCUCAAGCUGACGAUCCAAUCCUUCGUAUGAGUGUGACUGAAUAUGCUAAAACCUUAACACUUUAUUUUAACCAGUUAGCUAGUGCGUACGAAGCCAACUUAAACGCACGUAACAUCAAGCUAGAUAACUUGAGAUCUGCAAUCAAUAAUUUCACCGUUGCAGCUAAUACAUUCUCUAACUUUAUUAAGACGAUAAGGGAAGACCAACCUUGGCUUAGGAGACGCGUCAAUAAUAGAUUAAUGCAACUGGACAAAACUUUCAUUAAUCCAGCUGGAUUACCAGGCCGACCUCUUAAGAAACACAUCCUUUUCGCUCCAAGUAUGUUCAAUACUUAUGGAGGAGCUAAAUUUCCCGGUAUUACCGAUUCAUUUUUCAUGGCUCAAACUAAUGGUAAUUGGGGUGAAGUAGAGCAACAAGUUGCGAUUGUUGUCUUCCACGUUCAAGCUGCAUCAAAAUCUCUUAGCUUUACUCCUUAA